AUGCCGGCGACUUUGCGAAGAGCUGCCGGAAAGGCUGACGAGGCCGGCGAUGAGACGGCGCUGACGACUACGACGGCCUCUUCCUCCUCCUCGUCGCAGAGGCAGGUCGCGCCACGAAAUCUGCGCGAGGUUAUUCCCGACCAAGCUCAGUUCCCGCUCGCGGUGGCAACGAGCUUCGCGAUGGCGAGUCUCGGGUAUAGUCUGUUGGGUGAGCUCACGGGUGGUCAACUCGCAGCUAUCAGCCGCAGCCAAGACACCUGGGGAGAGGUCGCCAUCCUCGCGGGCUGGAGAGUGAUCGAGCUGGCGCUGGGAUGGUACGGCAAGCUGGAUGGCCUGGAUGUUGCCAUGUUGGACCUGCUGUCGCAUGGUCCUCACUACUUUCUUCUGUCGAGGUUCUAUAACCUCAGCGCUACGACAGCUCUCUGGGCGUUGGCCAUCGAUAUCGCCUCGGUGGCCGUUCCCUUUUCCCUGCUCCGGCCGCUUUCUACCGUCCACACGCCUUCGGCCGCUGCCGCUGCGGGACUGCCCAAUCGCGAGCUCAUCGACUUGCCUCUGCAACUGUAUACGACAGCCUUGUCGACUGGCAUCUACACCGUUGUGUUGGUUCUCUCGCUGCGCUUCAUUCUGCCGCGCAUCCUGGUCGUCUACUACACUGGUGUGCCGACCCUCGAGCCCGCAUACACGGCCUCGUACGCGUCUGUCCUCCCUGUGACACUGCUUUUUGGCGUUGCGGCGAGCACCUUCAUAUUCGCGCCGUUUGCGACGACAGCUCGGGCAAAGGAGGACGAUAAGAUCGACGAGUUCGACCCUGUCGCUGCGUCCCUUGGGGAGACGGUCUGGUGGAACGUCUGGGGAUACACUGCAAAGACCAAGGUGGUGGUUCGGCGGACAGCAAUCGCUGCCCUUGUUGCCGCUACCAACACGUUCCUUGCAUCGACCAAGACCCUUUACGGCGUCGAGUCCGCAGGCGCCGCGGUGUAUGCAAGUGUCUGGGCGUUUGCAGCCCUAUGCACAGGCAUCGGUCUUGGCUUUGUAGGUGGAGACUAA